UACAUCGAUAAUACAGUUCUCUAAGUAUAUUAUGGUAAGAUGGAGACUUUAAAGUAUGGCUAAAUGAUUCAGACGAACGCGCUUCGUUUCAUUAUAAUAACAGAUAAUGGGAUAGUGAUUAGACUUAUCGGAUCGUACAGAUGUCAUAAAUAUUAUUAAAUUGUAUUACCAUCAUAUAAAGAAAUAUGAAUACUUGGCAAUAUCGACAUUUGCUUGAACGACGUAACUUAGUGAACAUAACUGGUAUAAUACAAAAAAAUACAUUCGUUGGUUAUUACUGAAGGACAACAUUCGCUCUUCUCAUACCUUUCACUAUGUACUAAACAUUAUCAUGUCAUACUCUAUUAAUAGAAGACCCUUAUUAGGGGGUGUGUCUGACAGUGAAUUUGAAGAUGAUUUAGAAACAGAAUUUGAUGAUCCAAAUGUAUCUAUACCUGACGAAAAACCAUUUUUAAAACAAGAUGAACCUCUUGACAGAUAUAACUUUGCUUAUAUAGUUUUUUACCUGCUUGGAAUAAAUAUAUUAAUUCCAUGGAGUUUUUUCAUCACUGCAGAUGAUUAUUGGAUGUACAAAUUUCGACAAAUUCAUGACAAUGAUACUAGAACUUCUAAUUAUAAUUAUACUGAAAAUUUAGAAACAAAGACAGAUCUUCAAGCUAGUUUUACUUCUUAUUUAAAUGUAGCAAGUGCUUUACCAAAUACGUUAUUUCUAAUACUAAAUACAUUUAUCAGCAAAACGAUACCUUUAAGAACAAGAAUGAUAGGAUCUCAAUGUAUUAUUCUUCUAUUAUUUAUCAUGACAACUGUAUUUGUGAAAAUAAAUACAGACAAAUGGCAAGCUACAUUUUUAGUAAUUAUUUUGACUACCGUAGCAUUUGUCAAUGCUGCAAGUGCAAUUUUUGGAGGUAGUUUAAUGGGUAUAGUUGGACGUUUUUCUCCAAAAUAUAUAACUGCUAUGUCUGGGGGCCAAGCUUUAGGAGGCAUAUUUACAGCUUUAGCAGAAGUAAUCUCUCUUUGGAUUGGUGCUAGUCCUGUACUUUCAGGCUUAAUGUAUUUUAUUAUUGGAGAUACUAUAUUGCUUCUCUCUUUAAUUGCUUAUAUAAUUUUAGAAAAAGCAAUAGGUAUUUACAAUUCUGUUAUGACUUUUUUAAUAUAUGCUAAGCCACUUAUGGCAUUCUUUAAGCAUCACAUGCUGGAUAAGUUUCCUGAACGUAUAGAAUCAGAUUUUUCUGUUAAUGCAGAAGUAAUGUUUUCACAAGUACAUACAAUUUCAUAUAUAAAUAUUAUUAAAAAAAUUUGGCAUUAUGGUAUUAGUGUAUUUCUUGUAUUCUUUAUAACCGUCACAGUUUAUCCAGCAAUAACUGUACUAGUUGAAAGUGAAAAUAAAGGAAAAGGAUAUGCUUGGAAUGAUACAUACUUUGUACCUGUGGUAACAUAUCUAAUUUUUAGCACAGGUGAUUAUGUUGGUAGAGUUUUAUCAGGCAUUUUACAAAUGCCUAGAAGUAAACCAUACCAUGUCAUAUUCUUAAGCAUAACAAGAAUUGUUUUUAUACCAGCUUUGAUGUUUUGUAAUGCACAACCAAGACAUCAUUUACAUGUUUAUAUACACAAUGACAUUUACUACAUUUGUAUAACUAUUUUAUUUGCUGUAACUAAUGGUUAUUUGUGUAAUUUAUCAUUUAUAUUAGCUCCAACAAUGGUAAACACACAAGAAAAAGAAAUUGCAUCUGCGAUGAUGGGGGCUUUCCUUGGUAUAGGAUUAACAACUGGUGCAGCUCUUAGCCUUUACAUGGUUAAAGCUUUAUAAUAUAACCAAGGUAUAUACUUAAUUUUAUUGCCUUUUAUACCAAUCAAACAUAAAUAUAUUGUUAAUUUUAAAUCGUUUUAGAAUUUAAUACAUUUGAAGAUAAUUUUUCAUAUAAGUACUAUUAAAUAUCAUUGUAACUACAUUUUAUAAUUUUCUAUAUGAUACAUUACUCUAUUUUAAAACAUGGUUUUCAGGGUAUUACGACAAAAUGUAUUACUAUUAUCACAAUUUAAAUGUAGUUAGUAAUUAAAUAGUAAAAAAAAUGAGAAGUAAGUGCAGAGAUGUUUGUACAAUAAUAGAAAUAUAAGUAUCAAUGGUGGUUUCCAUAAUAUUUUAAAAUAGUAACAUUGUAAUGUAAUAAAAAAACAAUGGUAGAA